UGUACUCUGACAUCAAACCAAUAUAAUUUCCUCUGCUUAAUUAUUAUUUAGUCUGAUCUUUUGAUCCUUCUCUUUACAAAAAUGGCAACUGAAAAGCUUUAUGCUGAAAUUGAUUGCAAAUCUAAUGCAGAUAAGCUUUGGGUAUCAUUUAGGGAUUUCAUCCAUGUUUACCAAGAGGCCUUCCCUCCUGGUACUUACAAAAGUGUUCAAGUUUUAGAAGGUGAUGGCGUUCACCCUGGUUCUAUUAGACUCCGUAUACAUGGAGAAGGUUCUCCAAUAGCGAUGUCGAAAGAGAAGAUCGAAAGUCUUGAUGAGGAAAAUAAGAUACUUAGUUUUAGUGUGAUAGAAGGAGAUAUACUAAAGUACUUCAAAAGUUUCAAGAUCACUGGUCAAGUGGUUCCCAAAGAUGAAGGAUGUUUGGUGAAAUGGAGCUGUGAGUAUGAGAAAGCUGCUGAUAAUAUUCCAGAUCCAAUAGCAGUCAAGGAUUUUUCUGUUAAGGGCUUCAAAGAACUUGAUGACUACACUGCCAAGCAGGCAUAAAUAUUCACUACCACUAUAUAUUAUGGCUUAAUAGAUCAUAUAUAUAUAUCAGUGUGUAUGCUACUUUGAAUAAAUUUCUCUGUAUUGUUAUAUGAAUUUGAUGACCGGUCAUCGUUCGGUACUAUCUAAUGCAGAAGAAGAAAAUCUAGACAUUGAGAGAAACUUUGUUUGACAUUGUUUUUUUGUCUGUAAAAGUUGUGUUUUUUUAUGUGAUGUUUUUUAAUCUAUUUUUGUGACGAAGAAUUUAUUUUUAAUUUGUUUUUA